AUGUCAACAGUUACGCCAUUUACGCCGCGACCACAGCGGCAUAAGAACCAGUUAGGCCUCUCAGAUGCAGAGUACAAGCGCAUGACAGGCACGCUCGCGUCGGUCCGGCGCGUGGGUGCCGCGGCGAUUCGCGAGGAGCUAGAGGAUACGCCAGACGCGGCUGCGGUUGCACUCGCGGAGGUGCGCAUCUCUGAGCGCGCGGAGCGCGAACGCGAGCGGCCAGAUAGCCGACGGAGUGAGCGGCCAGCAUCGAGGUAUAACGUUGAACGUGACGCACGUCCAUCAUCGUCAGCCUCUGGGCACCGCGAUCCACGAAGGAGUGUUGAAGGACAUGUGCGCGAGCGUGAUCGGGAACAAAGGGAACGGCGCGACGUGCGACGCGAGCGUGUGAUCGACGUCGAGAUCCAGCAAGUUGAGCGCGAGGCCCCCGUGCCCAGCAGCCCAGUGCCGCCUCGACGCCUUCUCGACGGCGUGCCGCUACCUGUACAGGAGGCGUGGGUGUGCGAGGACUUCAUGUACCUUCUCCAGGGCGUCGAGGGGAGCCUCAUAACAUAUGCGGAGGGGUACGACCCUUUGGACGCAGAGCAGCGGCUCAAGGGCGCACGAUGGCGUGUCGAUCCCAGCCUUGACCCGUCGCUCCUCUCGCUCGUUAACCGCCUCCUCCCACUCGCGACUUUCUUUACGUCUGUCGAAGCGUCGAUCGAGCAACGCAACUCGCCCGAGUUUGGGAUGGUAUCUCAUGCGCUGGGCAGUGGCAUCCGAGGCAUGCUCAAGGAAUACCGCGUCCUCACGGCCCAGCUCGAGUCGCUGUUCAACUCGUCCUCCACGUUCACUCUUCAGACACUCUACUUUCAUCUCCACCCGACGCUACACACCAUGUCACUGCUCAGUUCUCUUUGUCUCGCCCUCGAAACGGAGGACGACCCAGCUGAAAGCGAGUCGGACGACGACGAUGACUUCGGGGGCAUGGCGGACGAGCUCGGCCUCGGCGGCGAGGGUCUCAAGGGGCUCAUGAAGAACCUCAAGGCACAAGAGGCCGGAGGUUUGAUAGGUGGCGGCGGGCCGGUGCUCGGCGGCGAGGUGCUCGGCAUCAUCUGCGAGCGGGAAGCAACGAUGAGCGGCGACCCAACCGCCACGACACUCCAUUCCCAGCUCCUCCUGCACGCGUCGCAGCCAUACUGCCGCAUGCUCCUGCGCUGGAUCACGACAGGAUACCUCUCCGACCCGUUUGACGAGUUCAUGGUCAAAGAGAGCGGACACAUCACCAAGGGCGUGUUAGAGAGCGACUACAUCGACGAGUACUGGGAACGGCGGUACACGCUGCGCGACGGGUCGUCGCUCGCGGCGCCCAAGGGCGGGGGCGGCAAGGCGCCGUCCUUAACGGGCGCGGUCCCCGCCCCGCGUACCGGCACGAAUCGCCUGCCUGGCGGCGCGUGUAUCCCCGCCUUCUUGCAGCCGUGGAAGCACAAGAUCUUGCUCGCGGGCAAGUACCUGAAUGUGAUGCGCGAAUGCGGGAUCGACGUGAAAAAGGAGGCGGCCGGCGACGCCGACUGCCCCAUCGUCAUGAAUGAGGCCAAGUUCUACCGCCGCAUCGAGGACGCGUACAUACACGCCAACCAGAGCCUGCUCAAGCUGCUCGUCGAGGAGCAGGAGCUAAUCCCACACCUCUGCUCGCUCAAGCACUACUUCUUCGCCGACCAGAGCGACUUUCUCACAAACUUUCUCGACCUCGCCAGCGGGGACCUCACACGUAAGGCUGCCAAGUCUGUGUCGAUUGUCAAGCUCCAGUCGCUUCUGGAUCUCGCAGUGCGCAACCCGGCCUCGAGUUCGUCCAAUGACCCGUACAAGGACAAUCUCAAGGUCACGAUGGCGAGUCAGGGUCUGUACGACUGGCUGCUCAAGAUUGUGUCGCACCAGGGCUCAUCAGCCGAGGGAGACCUCGACUUUGGCCUCGGCGUCGACCUCGACAAGCCCGAAGGGACACUGAUGGGUAUCGAUGCCGUUGCCUUUGACUACAACGUCAAGUUCCCCCUCAGCCUCGUGAUCAGCCGUAAGGCCGUGACCCGCUACCAGCUCAUCUUCCGCUUCCUCGUGCACCUGCACCACCUCGAGGCUGGCUUGAGCGCCAUGUGGCUCGACCAGAAGGGCGCUCUCUGGCGCGACACAACCGGCAACGCCGACAUGGAGGCGUGGAAGGUCCGCGUCUGUGCACUCCGAGCGCGCAUGCUGGUGUUUGUGCGCCAGAUGCUAGCAUACGCAACCGGCGAAGUACUCGAGUCGAACUGGCGCGCGCUCGAGGCCAAGCUCGCACACGUCAGCACUGUCGACCAACUUAUGCGCGACCACGUCGACUUCCUCGACACGUGCCUCAAGCAGUGCAUGCUCACAAACAGCAAGCUGCUGAGCGUGUACGCAAAGCUCAUGCGCACCAUCGCUGCCUUUGUGUCGUACCAGGACCGCUUCAGUCGCACGCUUACGGGUUUCCGCGCCGACCCACUCACAGAGAGCGAUGCGGCCAAGGCUGAGGCAAGAUGGAACCUCCUCAAGAAGUUUGAGGUAAACUUCAACCACCACACGAAUCUCCACCUAGACGCGGUGACGUACCACGCUGGGUCAGAGAACGUUGCGCUCCUCGCCCUCGUUACGCGCCUGCAUCAGACAACCAAGCGGAUCUAA